AUGUCUAAUAAAAGUGGACUGCUCACUUUCUGGGGACCCUCUGAUUGGACAGAUCCCAGCCAGUGCCCACCCUCAGUAGGCGGAGCCACUUUUUUGAUUGUGGCGUACAGCACAGUUAUAGCUAUUGGGUUGCUAGGCAAUGCAGGAUUGGUGUUCAUCAUUGCUCGGCAACAGGAGUUACGUAAUGUCACCAACAUUUUAAUAGCCAACCUGUCAUGCUCCGACAUCCUCAUGUGUGUAGUGUGUCUGCCGGUCACGGUCAUAUACACCCUGAUGGACCGCUGGGUGCUGGGAGAGGCUCUAUGCAAGGUGACUCCCUUUGUCCAGUGCAUGUCAGUGACUGUGUCCAUCUUCUCACUGGUGCUGAUCGCUCUGGAGAGGCACCAGCUGAUUCUGCAUCCCACGGGCUGGUCCCCUGCUGCUGGACACUCAUACUUGGCUGUAGGACUGACCUGGCUCGUGGCCUGUUUCAUCUCUCUGCCCUUCCUCUCCUUCAACAUCCUCACUAACGAUCCCUUUCAAAACAUCAGCCUCCCCAGCAACCCUUUCAGGGACCAUCUUAUUUGCAUGGAAUUGUGGCCAUCAGACAAACAUCGUCUUGCUUACACAACAUCGCUGCUGCUUUUCCAGUACUGUCUUCCCCUGCUGUUGGUUCUUCUGUGCUACCUUCGAAUCUUCCUUCGCUUGAGGCGACGCAGGGACAUUUUGGAGCGCAGCAGGAGGACCCAAGGGGCCCAGAGGAUAAAUGUGAUGCUGGUAGCCAUUGUGGUCGCCUUUGCUUUGUGUUGGCUGCCUCUCAAUGUCUUCAACACUCUUUUUGACUGGCAUCACCAGGCCCUGCCGGACUGUCAGCAUGACACAGUGUUCUCUGCCUGCCACCUGACGGCUAUGGCCUCCACCUGCAUCAACCCUGUGGUGUAUGGUUUCCUCAACAGCAAUUUCCAAAGGGAAUUCAAGUCUACACUACAGCGGUGCCAGUGUGGCAACAGAACUGUAGAAAGUUAUGAGAGUUUUCCCCUGUCCACUGUAGCCAGUGAAGGUAUCACUAAAGCCACUUCACUAAACAGAAUGAGCACGGUGUGUGUGUUGUCUGCCAGGCCUGAGAUCAGCACAGUUACCCUGUCCAAAUCAACAGCAACUGACACAUAG